ACGAAAUCGGGCCAUCCGUUUGCCGGAAAAAGACCCGACCCAAAUCAGCAGCCAAAACCUUAAGUAUUUUAUAUUUUAUUUUAUAAAAUUAUAAACUGGGGGGAAAUAAUAGUUAAAACUGCUAAAAUUACGAGGAAAGCAGAUGACCAGCUAAAGACGAAGGAGUAAGGACGCUCCUGUUUCAAAAUUUGGAUGACUCGGAUAAGACUCCUUGCAGAGAGCCAAGUCCACCCGCGCUCGCAAACUCAGAUUGACUGGGAUUUCGAUUACUAGGGCUUCAACUUUUGUCGCUGUAAGCCUUAUUUUCUCUGAGCUAAUCACUCGUGUUUGAAUUUUUGUCUCGGUAGUUUCCUCUCUGGUGGUUUCUGACAAACCGUUGGAUAGGGAGAAGGCUUUGUUCGUCGUGAACCCUAAUUUCUUGCUGCAAAGGUAAAAGAGUUGGGGUUCUUUCGCGCUCCAAGGAUGGAAACUGAGGAUGGAACAAGCAAUGGGGAUAACACAGAAUGUUCUGAAGCGGUUCAGUGCCUGAAGGGUGCAGCUGUAAAUAAUGGGGUUGCAGAUAGCAAUGAUGUUGAAAAAGGGGCUCAGCGCUUGGAUUGCGAAGCUGUAAAUAAUGGGGUGGUAAUUGCGGGCGGGAACGAUGUUGCUCAAGGGGACUCUGCUGUAGUUGAAAGCUUUCGAACUUACAAGAGACGUAGGCAUGUAAAGUUGAAUCCAGAAAGCAAAGCUCAAGAAGAUUGCAGAACAUACUCAGAAGCUGCAAGUCGUCUAGCAGGCCAGGCUGUAAAGAAACCAUGUAAUGUAGCUGUAGGAAAUACUUUGGAUAAGCAUUCACAUGCACAUUGGGGAAAUGUUGUAUUAAUGCAUUUGUAUCAGUCACUAGGCGAUGAUAAAGAUGGCAUAGAAGGAUGCAUGAGGGAAGCUCUCAUGCGCUAUCCUAAAAUUAGUUGUGCCACUACUUUAAAGGAAACUUGUAAAAUUGACAAAGUUGGAGAAGAUUACUCUCCACGCUUUGAGCUGAUGUCUCAUAGAUUACGGAAGGAAGUUAAUGGGCAUGCAAAUGUCUUGUGCAAUGGAUCUUGUAACGAGUCAAACAGUCCUGAUGCAAAUGAGAUGUGUCAGCGUGUGCUAUGUAAUAUCUUAGUGUCUGAGAAAUUCAGUUCGUUAUGUAAGGUGCUAAUAGAAAAUUUUAAAGGAAUGAAGCCUGAAAGUGUAUUUGACUUCAGUAUCAUAAACUCAAGGUUGAAAGAGCAAGCUUAUGAACAGUCACCCACACUUUUUUUGUCAGAUAUUCAACAGAUUUGGAGAAAACUUCAAGACACUGGUAAUGAGAUUGUUUCUCUUGCCAAGGGCCUUUCAGACAUGUCGAGAACUUUCUACUGUGAGCAGGCUGGAGUUUCACUGCAUAGCACAUUCAAAGAUGGAAAGCAGGAGGAAUCUGAUUCGCACAUGAAACCGGAGCAGACAGAAGAUUGUAGCAUGUAUAAAAUUUGCACUUGCAGGCAUUGUGGAAACAAAGCAAAUGGGAAAGACUGUUUGGUUUGUGAUUCAUGUGAGGAGAUGUUCCAUAUCUCCUGUAUUGAGCCUCCUGUCAAAGAGAUACCACACAAGAGCUGGUACUGUGCCAAAUGCACUGCCAGUGGAAUCGGAUCUCCACAUGAAAAUUGUGUGGUAUGUGAAAGGUUGAAUGACUCGAGGACCCUGAACUUUGAUGAGAACUUCCCUGUAAACGAGGAAACAAUUAAUGAAUUGGAAGAGAAUUCAAAUUGCACCUAUGAUGGGGCUCAAGCAUCUAGACGAGGGGAAAUUGACAAGAUCUGCAAAGUUUGUAAAAAUGAAGUGGAUGAAGGUGAAAGGAUUAAAGUCUGUGGUCACUCCUUCUGCUCAGAUAAGUACUACCAUGUAAGGUGUUUAACAAGUAAACAGUUGACAUCAUAUGGUCCCUGUUGGUACUGCCCUUCUUGCUUAUGCCAAGUUUGUCUCACUGAUAAAGAUGAUGAUCAGAUUGUUAUCUGUGAUGGCUGUGACGAUGCAUACCACAUAUAUUGCAUGAAACCUGCCCGAACUUCUAUUCCCAAGGGAAAAUGGUUCUGCAGAAAAUGUGAUACAGGGUUACAAGUAAUACGACGGGCGAAAAAGGUAUUUGAGAGUAAAAGGCAGAGAAAAACAAGCGAAGAUGGUUCAAAACCAGUUGAUGGAUUUGAAAAAAAUUGGAACGAUAAACAUGGACGAGAUUUGGAUAAAGGUGGAGGAAUGGACAUGCUUUUAACUGCAGCCAAUACUUUGAAUUUGGAAGAGGACUUGGCUGCAAUCCGGGCGUAGAGAAAGUUGUGAGCUUCGUAGUUGUUUUAGCAAUGGCUUUAAUUUCUUUCAGGUUCGCGCUAGUACAGUGGUGUCCAAUUAUUUCACAUUGCAUUGUUUGGAUGACUGAUAUUUUGGUAGGCUGUAUAACUCUUGUAGAUUUUGCUGACUUCAGUGUACAUGACAUGAAAAGACAGGACAAUAGAGGAACUUUUAAAGGCAGCUAGUAUCAUCGGGAGCUACGAUGAGCGAAGUCUGAGUAAACGGAGGAGUUACAAAUUUACAGAUGUGAUUGCUAUUAAAAGGCUGCUUAGCUUGUGCCAUGUUGAUUAUACCAUUUUGGGGUGGGAUGUUCCUUUGAUAUGUAAAAUCUAAAUUCCUGUUGAAUUUGUAAUUGGGAAUGAUUUUUAGCGGUUACUUUGGACCUCAGGAUUAUCAUUUUAAUGCAUACCUUAUUCUCA